GCCCUGCGCCCUGUUUCCUCAGGGGCCGGCCCCUCCGCUUAGGUCUUUGUCCACCGACUGAUGGACUUUGUUUUGUAAAUGAACUGCCUGAUGUGGAAGGAACUUGUUCAAUGGGCUCCUGAAUUUUUGCCCAUUUUUUUCGUGUCCCUUUUUAAAAAUUUGCUUUGAGAAGCGAUUUUUAUUCCGUUUUGAAGCUGGUGGCGCUUCCCUAAGUCUGCGUGUGCCCUUAUGACCGCUGAAAGGAGCUCAUUUAUUGCUAGAAGCCUUUGCCAUCCGACUGGCUAAUAGCUUAGCGAUAUGAUUUGGAAAGAAAGAUAGAUGGUUCUGAACUAGCCUCCCAGAGGCCACUGCCCAGAUGGAAUACUCCACGUCGAGAGAGAGCAUCAGUUUUGGUCUUCUGGCUGCUGGGUUUCGGGUGGAGAGCUUCAAGCAGCAUUGCCAUUUGGUUAACUUUUUAAUUUCUGCCUAAAGGGCAUUGCUGAAUGUGUGGGUCCUUAGCAUUUUGGGCUCUUAGUGAAUUUCAUAGGAGAAUAAUAAAUUUAGGUGUUUGGGUUUUUUGUUUGUUUUUUUUUUAAUCCAGUUCAUCAGAUUUUAAUUUUUAUCCUGGGUUUUUACAAUUUAUUUCAAAUGAAUGACACGUUGAGGGGUUGAGGGCUCAUGCUCCACAUCAUGAGUUUCUGUUUUCUGAAACAGACUCCUCACUUUAUAAGAUUGACUUUGCCUCAACAUCAGCGUACUCUUCUGUCAGAUUGUUCCUGUGUGUCGUAUGUUGCAAGUCAGUGAGAGUUAAGCACAGCACAUGCAAACUGAAGAGCCAAACUAGGACAUGUAUUCCUUUUCUUGACAGUUCUAAUUUGCUUGGCUAAAGCCAGUUUUUAGGUUGGCUUGGGCAGAAAAGUGGAAAGAGAAUGCUUCACUUUAACCGAUGUCAGCAUCUGAAACAAAUAACCCAGAAAUGUUUUUCUAGUAUACAUUUUAAAACGGAUAAACGUGCACAGCUAUUUCUUUCAAGAACCUUUGCACUUGCAGAAUUAAGGAAGUCAUGGCACUCUUCCCACUCUCUUGUUGGAGACAAAAAUAUUAUCCUGAUGGGACCUCCUGGUGCUGGGAAAACAACAGUAGGCAGAAUAAUAGGUCAGAAACUAGGUUGUUGUGUCAUAGAUGUGGAUGAUGAUAUCCUUGAAAAAACCUGGAAUAUGAGUGUGUCUGAAAAAUUACAGGAUGUUGGUAAUGAGCAAUUUUUAGAAGAGGAAGGAAAAGCUGUGUUAAACUUCACUGCAUCUGGAAGUGUGAUUUCCCUUACUGGGUCCAAUCCAAUGCAUGAUGCUAGCAUGUGGCAUCUGAAGAAAAAUGGAAUAAUUGUAUACCUGGAUGUACCUCUAAUAGAGAUAGUUAAUCGUCUAGAAUUAAUGAAAACAGAUAGGAUUGUAGGUCAGAAUUUUGGAACAUCUAUGAAAGACUUACUUAAAUUUAGAAGUCGGUAUUAUAAAAAGUGGUAUGAUGCUCGUGUGUUUUGUGAAAGUGGGGCUUCCCCAGAGAAGAUAGCUGACAAAGUACUUGCUGUGGUUAAAAGAUACCAAGAUGUGGACUCAGAAACAUUCAUAUCAACGAGACAUAUUUGGACUAAAGACAGUAAACAGAAGAUUUCAACAAAAUUCUUCAGUGAAGCUGUGAUUGAGGGCUUAGCUUCUGAUGGUGGACUCUUUGUUCCUGAAAAGGAGUUUCCAAAAUUAAACUCUGGGGAGUGGAAAAGCCUAGUAGGGGCAACUUACAUAGAGAGAGCACAGAUACUGCUGGAAAAGUGCAUCCAUCCUGCUGAUAUACCUGCUGCCAGACUGGGAGAAAUGAUUGAAAUUGCUUAUGGGGAAAACUUUGCCUGCUCAAAAAUUGCCCCUGUCAGGCACCUUUCAGGCAACCAAUUCAUCCUUGAACUGUUUCAUGGACCAACAGGAUCAUUUAAAGAUUUGUCCUUACAGCUUAUGCCUCACCUUUUUGCACACUGUAUUCCACCAACUUGCAAUUAUAUGAUACUUGUUGCUACUUCUGGAGACACAGGGAGUGCAGUCUUAAAUGGUUUUAGUAGACUUAAUAAGACUGACAAGCAAAGAAUAGCAGUGACCACAUUUUUCCCUGAGAAUGGAGUAAGUGAUUUUCAAAAAGCACAGAUAAUUGGCAGUCAGAAAGACAAUGGAUGGGCAGUGGGUGUCAAGGCAGAUUUUGAUUUUUGUCAGACAGCUAUAAAAGGAAUCUUUAAGGAUUCUGACUUUACUGGCUUUCUUACUAUGGAAUAUGGAACAAUCUUAAGUUCAGCUAAUUCUAUAAACUGGGGCCGAUUGCUUCCCCAAGUAGUUUAUCACGCUUCUGCAUAUCUUGAUCUUGUCAGCCAAGGAUUUAUUUCUUUUGGAAGCCCAGUUGAUGUCUGUAUUCCCACAGGAAACUUUGGUAACAUUUUAGCAGCAGUGUAUGCCAAAAUGAUGGGAAUCCCUAUUCGAAAAUUUAUUUGUGCCUCUAAUCAGAAUCACGUUUUAACUGAUUUUAUAAAAACAGGACAUUAUGAUCUAAGGCAAAGAAAAUUAGCACAAACCUUUUCACCAUCAAUCGAUAUUCUCAAAUCAUCAAAUCUGGAACGACAUUUACACUUAAUGGCUGAUAGAGAUGGGGAACUAAUGGCCAAAUUAUUUAAUCAGUUAGAAGAGCAAUGUCACUUCCAGAUAGAAAAGAUUCUAGUUGAGAAACUUCAGAAGGAUUUUGUAGCAGAUUGGUGCUCUGAGGAUGAGUGCCUGGAAGCUAUUCACUCCACCUACAAUACUUCAGGGUAUAUUUUGGAUCCACACACUGCUGUUGCAAAAGUGGUUGCAGACAGAAUGCAAGACAAAACUUGCCCAGUGAUUAUCUCAUCUACAGCUCACUACUCAAAAUUUGCACCUGCUAUCAUGCAGGCUUUAAAGAUUAAAGGAAUCAACCAGAUUUCAUCAAGCCAGCUUUAUUUACUAAGUUCUUACAAUGCAUUGCCUCCACCACAUGAGGCUUUAUUAGGGAGAACAAAACAGCAAGAGAAAAUGGAGUACCAGGUCUGUGCAGCUGAUGUAAAUGUCCUGAAGGGUCAUGUGGAAAAACUAAUACAAAAUCAAUUCAUAUGAAGUUUUUUGAAUAAAUUUUUCCCCCUGGUGAUAAGCAUGCAAUAAUAACUCACAAACAUUGAUUUGG